GCACACUCGCCUGGAAGACGUUAUUUCCCUCAAAAUUGUACCUUUAUAGUUUUGUAACUCAAAAAAAAAGCUUAGAUAUGAGACAAAAGUAGUAGCUAUAGUUCCUAACAAGGGAAGAGGACUAUCCUCCCAUUCGCUCAUCCUGAAUUCCCGUUUGUCAGGAGCCUCAUGACAAAUAUCUGUUUUUAAAAAAUUGGAUGAAAAUACUCCAAAUGGCGUCAUUGGGAUUCUUUUCUGCUACUGAACACCUCCCUUGGUACAACCAAAAAGACUAGUGUUUACUUUUAAUUAAAAGUAGAAGAACCUGAAAAGCAGACUGGAAAGAAGCAGCUGGGAAGGUGACAGGAAAACCACUAACAGUGUUCCUGGAAGCCAGUUGAGAAAUACAUUUAAAUAAAUAAUGUUGGGGUGAAGAUAGUACACCUUCUGAAGAGGGUACAGAAGAUAGUGACUGAAGUAUUGAUACCUGUAAAACCAAAAUGUACCCUGCUUGAUAUACCUGCAGAUGAAGAAUUUAAGGAGAGUGUAUAUCCUUAUUCUCUUUAGCAACUGAGAGCCUGCUCUGGGAACCACCAGCCACCAUGGGGAAGCGGGAUAAUCGGGUGGCCUAUAUGAAUCCUAUAGCUAUGGCCAGAUGGAGGGGCCCAAGUCAAUCUGCAGGCCCAACAAUACAAGAUUAUCUAAAUCGACCAAGGCCCACCUGGGAAGAAGUGAAAAAACAAUUAGAAAAUAAAAAGAAAGGCUCCAAGGCAUUAGCUGAAUUUGAAGAAAAAAUGAAUGAGAAUUGGAAGAAAGAGUUAGAAAAAAGCAGAGAGAAAUUAUUAAGUGGAAAUGACAGCUCAUCCAAAAAAAGAGGAAGAAAGAAAAAGAAAAAGAAGAAAUCUUGUCGGUCUUCAUCAUCUUCCUCAAGCUCUGAUUCUUCAAGCAGUUCAUCAGAUUCUGAGGAUGAAGAAAAGAAACAAGGAAAAAAGAGAAAGAAAAAGAAGAACCGUUCGUGCAAAUCAACAGAAAGCUCUACCUAUGAAUCUGAAUCAGAGAGCAAGGAGUCUGUGAAAAAGAAAAAGAAGUCAAAGGAUGAGACAGAGAAAGAAAAGUAUAUUAGAAGUCUCAGCAAAAAAAGAAAGAAAACUUAUCCUGAGGAUAAACUUUUAUCUUCAGAGUCCUCAUCAGAAUCAGAUUACGAAGAGGAGGUGCAAGCAAAGAAGAAGAGAAGAUGUGAAGAGCGAGAAAAAACAAAGAAGAAAAAGAAGAAACAGCACAAGAAACAUAGUAAGAAAAAGAAAAAGAAAUUGAGUUGAAGUCAUAAGUCAGGAUAACAUCAAAAAAUUAAAGCAAGAUUUCCGUAUUUAAAAAAACAAGGUCUAAAGGAAACUUCAACUGUGAAUGUUAGGGCAUAUUUACCAAAAUGCAUGAGUUUCCCUGUGUUAAUAGAAUUAUUCUUUGACUUUGAGUUGCCAGUUAAAUGCCACUGUGCCAUAAAGGGCCAUAAUUGUUGCCUGCAGCUUAGACAUAGGAUUUUGUUUGUGUGUUUUUCCUUCCUUCCAGUGGUUAAUUCCUCUGAGAGCUAAAAACUUGUUGUCAUACUAGUGGUUAAAAAAUUUGGAGUUUAAGUAAAAUGUUUUAGACAAUAAUUUUGACAAAAAGAUACCUAAUGUUAAAACUAUCUAAUUUGGAUACAUCUUUAAAAUAUAAUCAGAAAUAUCCAGACAACUGCUGUUGACAGUUUUGAAGCAUGGACUUAACACUGAUGUCUCAGAAUCCUUACCUUUGAAGAUAAGUUUAGUUUAUUUUACUUCUCUCCUAAAUAAACUUUUGUUUAUGUGGGGAAAGGGCUUGUGGGGGUGGAAAGAGUUUGCUAUAACUUUGGCUAGCUGAAUAGUGUGCCUUUAAUCCUUACACAUCCUAUUUUUGCCAGUGCAGCAGCCAUUCUUUUCUUACUUAGUGAAAAUCUGGAAUGUUGUUAUGUGCUGCUUCAAGGAAGUAAGAAAGACAGCAAUUUACAGUAUAAGUAAGCCCCCAAUUCUAUGAAAUUUACCUCCACUUUAACAGUACUGAAUAAUAUUUAGUGUUAGAGUGUUACAUGAUUUGAAAUAACUUUGAUACCCUUUGGAGGGAAAUCAUUUUAAAUAGACCCUGGUAUUUUUUGAUUAAUAAAGAUUCUGAAAUAUUUUGCAUGUUUUGUACUAUUGAGUUUUGAUUAUCCAUAGAUAUUCUAUAUAACCAGUAAUCCUUUUUUUAUAUGAUUUAUGCUUAGGAUACAAAUUUCAAGUUUGUAAUUUCUUAAUCUUACUAUAUUAAUUUAAUUACUGUGUUUAACUGCACACUUGCCAAAAUAUUUAGCCUGUAAAAAGAAGGUUUGUAAAAAAUAUUUAAUGCCUUCAUAUUGAAGCUGGUUUACAGUAAGCAAGUUGAGUGCCAGACCUCUAGUAUGCUGUUUGUCUUGUUACAUAAAACUACUGCCAAAAUCUUAGUAAGUAUCCUGUUUAAAAGUUUUUUGUCUUAAGCAUUAACAUUAAAUUCAAAUAGGAGUUAAAUUUAGGAGAUACUGACAUCAUUGGUUUUCUUGUGUCAUAUUUUAUUAAGAUUUGGUGCCUCAUGUCUGUUGCUGAUUCACAUUUAUCACUAAUGCUGAAAGGAGUUGAAAAUUAUUUUUACUUUACAUUUUUAUAUAUCAGAGUAAUAUGAAUUAUAAAUUGAUGUCUCAGAAAAACACCUGUUACAGAAGAUGUGUUAAUUGUAAUGUCAUGUACAAAAUAUUUUGGCAUGAUGGGAUAAUCAAUAGCUAUUUUUUUAAAUAGCUGUUUUCAUGUCAGUGUCCUUGAAUCACAAGCAAAAUUACUGUAAAAAUAGAAAACAUCUAGUAUAUAAAUAACAUUGGCUCCCCAAAUUUUCACUGUGGAAAUAUCAAUCUCUCAGUAAGGUUCUUGGAACAUUACAAAUGUAAUGCCGUGUUUUAUCACUUUGAAGCUUCAUAACUUCAGCUGUUUCCUUAAAGUAUAUCUAUAUGCUGAUAAAAGCUAUUGUAUUUAAGGUAUAUUUUGUAUCCAUAUAGAGUUUUUCAAAAUUGUUUUUCAUUAAAAUAUGACAAAAGCUUAUAUUAUUUGUAGAAUGUGGCAAAGACAUUAACAGCUUUUUGGGUAUCUAUGUGCUCCCAUUCAUUUCCCAGCCUCUGGUAGUUAGGCAAUGACAUUUGACUACUUCUAGAAUAGGGAUUGCAGAGAGAUUAUAUACAGAACUGAUGUAUCAUUUCCAUACCGGAGCAGUAAGCAAUCCUGUGUGACAGUGCAGCUUUCUCUGCCUGCCAUGGCAAACUGAAAGAUUGGGCUUCAAAUGGCAUACCUGUAAGGUGAAUGCAACCUGGAUCUCUAAAUCACUAUUUGUAAGGGCCCUGCCCUAGAGAGUUGGUGGACUUGCAGUGAAACUUUGAGAAUAAGAAAUAAACUGUUACAUGUUAAGCCACUGA